AUGGCGAAUGUUGGUAAAGUGUUGGCUACAAUAAAAGCCGUUAUAACAAGAUUGGUGUUUGCUUGUCAUGGCAUAAUUGCUAUAUGGCAAGUGACAGUGUUUAAAAACAGCAUAGAGUACUGGUAUUUAGCAUCACCUAUAUUAUUAUUAAUCUUUGAAGGAGUCUUUACUCUUACAAUCAAGGAUAAUCAGGAGUGGAAAUGGUUCUGUCCAUCCGUCUUUAUCUAUUUGGGUCUGGUAGUGCCAGCGAUAUGGCUACUAGAACUCCACAAAGUAGACCUGAGACUGCAGAAGAAAGCAAACCUUACUUUUAUAGAGACUGGUAUCCCACUACCUGGAGCUACCAAGAUACCUACGGAUAUGUGGGUAACGUUAAUCGAGCAGUUUUUGAUGCUCACUUUGAUUGUGGGUCGCUGGCUGUUGCCUAAAGGCGAUCUGACAAGAGAUCAGCUCAGUCAAUUGUUACUGGUUUAUAUUGGCACCGCUGCAGAUAUAAUCGAGUUCUUCGAUUCCUUCAAAGACGAGAAAGUGGCCACCGAGAAGGUCCUGGUCCUACUCACACUGGCCAUCUGGUCCUGGUCUCUAGUCCAGUUCACCGUUGUCCUGACUGCGACAAAAUCGAGGAAGACCAGGGGCACCGCACAUAGGUCUGACAUGAACUCAAGCCGUGCAUGUUGUUGUUCAAUAGAAGUGUGCGCUAUAAUAAUGAAUAUAGCACUACAAGACGCGCCAUUCCUUGCAUUUAGGUUAUUAAUUAUAGCGCAUUAUAAAAUUAUAAAUUAUAUGAAUAUAUUCUUCACCUGUAAGAAUACUUUGGUUAUUUUGCUACAAAUCUACAGACUAUACGUGUUACAUUUGGAGACCGUUGAAGAGGGGAACGGCUCUGUAUAUAGAAAGAGGCGGAAACAUAAAACUGAAAGGAAAGAACAUAACAAAAAACGGACACAUAGCAAGCCUAGGAAACAUAAGAAGAGACAUGAAAUUGGAGAAACUUCUGUAUCUGUCAUCAGUGAUCCAAGAAGACAAGAAAGAGUAGAUGGAGGAAGAAUUAGAGCAAUUAUUCUGACAAAUACAGAUGAAAUUAAAGAAUUGGAAUUAACGAAUCUAUUCAAAGAUCAAGUCGGAAUAGAGAAUGAAAAGAAGAAAGGUAAAAAGAAAAAACAAAAAGCCAACUCUUCUGAAGAAUCUCUAAAUAACAUUCAUCAUACAACUGACGAUUCUGGCAUUUGACAUCAUCGGAUAAGGCGGGAAAGUCCGCACAAGCAUAGAGAAAAAAAAGAUGAAAGGCGCAAAGACAAAAAGAGUAAGAAGAAGCAGGUGAGUAGUGAGAGUGAAAGUGACAGUUCUACUUGAACGUGAAAAGUAAAAGUUUGGUUAUUUGUCUGUGGUUACGGUGUUGCCAUUGAAAUAAUGCCGCUGUUUUUGG